AAUAGAUUAUCAUGGCUGAAGCACAUUCGGCGGUAGCAUUCUCUUUUGCGAUCACCCACGAUGGCUGGGAUGUAAAUUUUGAUCGCGAGGUGCUGUACUUGGUCUGGGAGUCUGGUCUCCGGUCGUGGAAGAAACGUCUCGUACGGUUCAGGAACAGUGUACACAAUGGAGUCUACCCUGGACAUUUGCAGUCGCUAUAUGUCUUGUGGACAAUAUUGGUUGCUGCUCAUUUUGGAGGGUUCCAAAUACCAUUUAAUUUAGUACAUAAGGCCACAGCAAUUUUACCUGGCAACUCAACUAUGUGGCAAAUUAUUGCCUGUCUAUUGGCAGCUCUGACAAUGUGGCUUUCUGUAAUAUUCUUUAUGAGGUAUCUUCUCAAACUACUACUGAUGUACAAGGGUUGGAUGUAUGAAUCGAGAUCACCUGGUGCUAAAAUAUCUAGAAAAACAUUGUUAUGGAUAGCUAUUGUAAAGGUGUUGUCGGGGUGGAAUAAACCAAAGCUGUACAGUUUCCAAGGAUCCCUGCCGAGGCUCCCUUUGCCGGCUGUCAAAGACACUAUGAAACGGUAUAUAAACAGUGUUCGGCCAUUAUUAGAUGACAAAAACUACAAAAGAGUUGAAAAACUUGCAAAGGAAUUUGAAGAGACGAUAGCAGUUAAAUUGCAAAGAUAUCUUGUUUUAAAGUCUUGGUGGUCGAGCAACUAUGUAUCCGAUUGGUGGGAGGAGUAUGUGUAUCUUCGUGGUCGGUCGCCACUAAUGGUCAAUUCGAACUUCUACGGGAUUGAUGCAAUUCUAAUGAGACCUACCACAAUACAGGCGGCGCGUGCCGGUGUCGUUAUACACCUAUGUCUCAAAUUUAGAAGGCUCAUUGAUAGACAGGAGUUGGAACCGAUAAUGCUCCAAGGUAUGGUCCCGCUAUGUUCUUGGCAAUAUGAGAGGUUGUUCAACACGGUACGUGUGCCUGGAAUUGAAACGGAUAAAAUAGUACAUUAUCAGGACUCUUCACAUAUCACAGUUUAUCACAAAGGAAGAUAUUUCAAGGUUUUGGUGUACUCUAGAGGACGAUUACUGCAACCAGCCGAAAUUCAAGUACAAAUCCAACAAAUUCUGGAUGACGAUUCACCACCUGUCAUCGGAGAAGAAAAGCUAGCAGCGCUGACAGCCGGCGAGCGCACCCACUGGGCUCGCAUCAGACAGACCAUGUUCAAUAGAGGCCACAACAGGACCUCUCUACAUUGUAUAGAACGUGCAGCAUUUAACGUAUGCCUAGAUGACCAAGACUAUGGUUACAACGAGGGUGAUCCGUCCUCUUUGGACCGGUAUGGGCACGUGUUACUGCACGGCAAAGGUCACGAUCGUUGGUUCGACAAAUCAUUCAAUUUAUGCUUCAGCAAAAGUGGCUUCGUCGGAUUCAACUCGGAACAUACAUGGGCAGAUGCACCGGUGAUGGGCCACUUGUGGGAGUACGUCAUUUGGUCGGAGCUGGAAAUUGCGUAUAAACCGGAUGGCAACACUAUUGGGAUAGUAGAAACGCCGCCACCGAUCCCCACACGUCUGCAAUGGGACCUCGCCAACGAAGAACUGCUGAAAGGCAUCGAUGUAUCAUACGACGUGGCACAAAAGUUACUCAACGAUAUCGAACUAAAAAUACUUAUGUACACAAAGUAUGGAAAAGGUUUCAUGAAGAGUUGUCGCGUGUCACCAGACGCGUAUAUCCAACUGAUCUUACAACUGUCGUACUACCGAGAUGCUGGCCGGUUCUGUCUUACAUAUGAAGCUUCUAUGACGAGAAUGUUCCGCGAAGGUCGCACGGAGACGGUCAGGCCUUGCACCAUUGAGAGCUCCGCAUGGGUAAAGGCCAUGGUGGAUCCGAAUGCAUCGAUCGAGAAGAAGGUGGAUCUAUUCCGAAAAGCAUGCCAACGGCACCAGCUCGGCUACCAAGAUGCGAUGGCUGGACGAGGCAUCGACCGUCAUUUGUUCUGCCUCUAUGUCGUCUCCAAGUACCUCGAACUUGACUCCCCCUUCCUGCAAGAGGUGUUCAACGAACCCUGGCGGCUGUCGACCAGUCAAACACCACACGGCCAAACAAGCAUGUUGGAUCUGAAGAAAUCCCCGAAUUGUGUAAGCGCUGGUGGCGGCUUCGGUCCGGUCGCCGACGACGGCUACGGCGUCUCCUACAUCAUCGCCCGUGAAGAUACCAUCUUCUUCCACGUCUCUAGCAAGAAGAGUUGUUCUAUAACGAGUUCUUCAAACUUCGUGCAACAAAUCGAGAAUUCAAUGAGAGACGUCCAAGAAUUGUUUCUCGAGUACAAUAAACUCAAAAAUGGUGUUAAAUCUUAAUAUUGUUUUUAGAUUAAUAUAAUUAUAUUGUUGUUGUUGUAUUGUAAACUACUGUAUGUAGUUUAUAAAAUAUUCUUAUUCUAGAGUUUGUAGACAUAAUUAACAUUGUAAGUGAAAACUCAGUAUAUCUGUUACAAUUGCUAUUAAUAUAUUUUAUACAUAUCAUGUUAAAAUUUAUUAUAAAUACAUGAUUCGUUCAUUAUAUUUGUAAAUUUAGAAAACAGGGAUUAGUUACUGUUAACGAAAAUAACAACUAACUUGGACUCUUAACUUUUGUAGCUCUGAAUAGAAUAGCAACGGAAAAAAAGUUAUCGGGAUGUAUAAUUCCGUCGUACGUCAUAUGAAAUAUUGUAUAUGUUUUGUAUGAUACAGCUAGAGAAAUUCAUUUAUUUUGUUCUAAAAUAUAUCAUUUCCGCUUGCAUAUUUGUAGACUUUAAUCAAAUGACAUAAAUAAUAUAAAUAUACAACGCCAUGUAUUAAUAAUAUUAAAUGAAUUGACAAUAGUAGUUGGAGUGUUUAAAAUGAAAGAGAUAAACGAAUAUACCUUUAAGCUAU